UCCACAGCUACUAGCUCCGUCAGUUCUCUCACCCUGGGGCUAUCUUUCACUGUCUGCCAGUGACAUUAGUGGCAGGGGAGCUGUGGCAAAGACUCUGGAACGUAUUCAGAGACAGGAAGAUUUGAAAGAGGAGUACCUUGUGUAUACAACAACCCAAGAAUGAGCGACGCCAAUACCCUCAACACCACAGAAGUUGCAGCUGGUCCCACCACACCACGCAAGGGACCUCCCAAGUUCAAGCAAAGGCAGACAAGACAAUUCAAAAGCAAGCCCCCAAAGAAAGGAGUAAAAGGGUUUGGAGAUGACAUUCCAGGUAUGGAGGGACUUGGAACAGAUAUUACAGUGAUCUGUCCGUGGGAGGCUUUCAGCCAUCUGGAACUGCAUGAGCUGGCACAGUUUGGUAUCAUCUAAGUCACCAGAAUCACUGCUGGUGUCUUCCAAGGUUCCAGAAUGGUCUUCUUCACCAUUGACCCUUAUUUUUGGCCCUUCCGUCCUCCUGCUGACAUUCUGUUGAGCACGUGCAGGGUGACUUCAUGAGAGUCACCUAGUUCUAAACAAUUCCUUCUCAGAUUAACUUGGCAAGAAGUUAUCAGCGACCCUGAAUAUUCACCAGGCCUCAUCUGAUGAAACUAUUGGAAAUUUUUAAAUAUCUCUGUACAAUAUCCUGUCUUCCCCCUGGAGUAUUCAUGUGUGUGAAGUCUCACCUAUAUCCCCUGACUCCUGGGAUGCUGUAUGUAUGAAUUUUCACCCUAUAUGCCCUGCUCUGAGUUACUUGAGAUACUGUCUGUAUGUGCCUAUUUGAAGUCUUAUCCUGUAUUCCCACCCUUGAUCCUAUAAAAUCUAACUCUGAAUUAAACCCAUCGCCCCACUCUCAGGACACUCAAGCUUUCCAUGUGUAUGUGAAGUCCAACAGAUGUGGAUGAUAUUUCCAUGAUAUCUGAGCCAGCAAUCAAUUGCUCUGUGUAUAUUCAUAGGGAACAGAGUCCUGAGAGUCACCUAUCCACCUUUCAUUAGGAAGGAGACCUGGAGUCUCUCACAUGAGCUCUCCAGAGGGAAUCUGCCACUAAAAUUCACCUCUCAGCCAUAGAACAGACAGGCUUGGGAAUACUACAUCUUCCCUAUAUUAUCCACAGGUUAGUGGAGUAGUUAUUAGAUUUCUGUUGCUCCAAUAAGGACAGCUGACAGCCUGAAUGUUCGAGAUCACUAACUAAAUCUAUCACAGCACUCACUCCUUCACUAUCCUGAGGGUUUGCCCUUCUAAUCAAGUGACUCUCAGAGUGAUAUAAACUUUCAUAUUCUAUAAAUAGAAAUCCCUUCCUGUUCCUAGUACCAUAUUUACAUGAGGAAUAGCUUGUAUCUGCCAGUUGUUGGUUAAGAAAAUGGAGAAGCAUUGCAAUUGUCACUUGACAGUGACAUAUACCCAUUAAGAGUAUGUCUACUGGAACGUAGGUCUGUGCGUGAGCCUUGGCUCAAGCAUAACCCUUCCCUUGCAUGUACACUGCAAUUGCCCUAACCUAGGGCUUGGACUCAGGGUUCCAGGACUCUGCAGGGCUG